UUAUUUCAAUGGCUCUUCAAAAUCUGAGCCUUGGGGCACUGAUUCAUUCAUUCAUUUAUUCAGCAGUUCUUUAUUGAGUAUGGUUCUGGGUACUUUUUUAGCCAUUGCGGAUACAGUAAUGAAAAAAGUUGAUAAAAAUUCCCACCUUCAUGGAACUUAUCUUCAGGACACCUUCUGGGUAAGUGAAGAGGAACCCAGCAAAUGAGAUUAAUAAGAGUUCAUUGUGUUAGGAGGAAAACCAGGAGAGUGUGAUGUGCUAGAAAUGAAGGAAAGGAAGUUCUCAGAGGAGGGAGUGAUCAACUGUGUCAUUGUUUAAAGAUGUGUCAGAGUGUUGGGUAAGAAAGAAUUCUGCCUGAUUCUAAUGUUUAGUAACAGAGGAAUGACGAAAUGCUUUCUAGUGUGUGAGCAGGAAAAUGUGAGACUCUUACAGUCUUUCAUGUCCCUAGAUUGAUCUUAAAGUAUAUAUUUUUAAAAUUCUAGUCAGAACAAAAUAGGCAGCCUGGCAGUGUAUACUUGUACUAAGGAGAGAUAAAACAUUGUUCUUAAUAAUCAGAUGUAUAUUUAUUUUUUUAACACGCGUAUCACAUCAGAAGGUAUAAAAGAGUCCACAGGGAAAAAUCUCUUCUGUCCCAUCCAGUUAUUCCUGAAGUCAUCAGUGUUUCCAGUUUGUUUUUCCUAAUUAGUGGAAUUGUGUGUAAUAAUAUGGCAUUUCGCUAUUUUAAAAUUGCAUAAAUAUAACAUAUUUUAUCCUGUAGGCAUUUUUUUUUUUGCAGGCUUAAUAUUUUUUUUCAUAAUUUAAGUCUGGCUACCUGCAGACCUGUUUUUUUAAGUAAUAGCUUUAUUGAGAGAUAAUUCAUCCAGUAAGUGUACAGUUCAGUUUUUUGGUUUGCAUUCCUCACCAUGAUCAAUUUUAGAACAUUUUCAUCCUCCCAGAAAGAAACCCCAAGCCCAUAGUUAUUCCCCUGACCUUUGUUUUUUAAGUAUUGUUUUUGCAUAUUCUAUGGGGAAAAUGUGAAUUACUUUGUUACCAGUUAACUGACAGUGAAGCCAUUUAGUGUUCACUUUUAAUAUUCCCUGAUUGAAUGGAAGCAUAGGUUUGUGUAAAGGUCAAAUUAGAUAGUGGUUUAUUUAGUUGAGUGAAUACUUGUGAAAUGAUUUGAUUAUCUAAGUGUCUUGUUUUUAUUAUUCCUUUAUUUAUCAAAUAUUUAUUGAGUGCCUUUUGUGUUCCAGCAAGUCCUGGGCUGUGUCCAGUGUAUUCCAUGGUACAUAAAGGGCAGGGUCCCCUAUUUUUCAGGAGUUUCAUUCUAGGAGGAGAAGCGGAGAAGUUAACAGGAGUUUGUGGUCUGCUGUGAUAUGGUGUAAGCUAUUUCUUCACGACUGGACAGCUGAGGACCUGUUAUUUCUCAUUAGCCUUGAGCAGACUUUACAGCUAUAGAGAAAUCGCACAGAGUUCCGGAUUCUGCUUUCUGUCUUUCCUGGCACUGAAAUUCAUCUUGCAACCAUGUAUGGAAGUGCUCGCUCGGUGGGGAAGGUGGAACCAAGCAACCAGAGCCCUGGGCGCUCACCUAGGCUUCCACGUUCCCCUCGCUUGGGUCAUCGUCGAACCAACAGUACAGGAGGGAGUUCUGGAAGCAGUGUCGGGGGUGGCAGUGGGAAGACCCUUUCAAUGGAGAAUAUCCAGUCCUUAAAUGCUGCCUAUGCCACUUCCGGCCCUAUGUACCUGAGUGACCAUGAAAACGUGGGUUCAGAAACACCUAAAAGCACCAUGACGCUUGGCCGUUCUGGAGGACGUCUGCCUUACGGUGUGAGGAUGACAGCGAUGGGCAGUAGCCCCAACAUAGCCAGCAGUGGGGUGGCCAGUGACACCAUAGCAUUCGGGGAGCAUCACCUCCCCCCAGUGAGCAUGGCAUCCACUGUUCCUCACUCUCUUCGCCAGGCGAGAGACAACACAAUCAUGGAUCUGCAGACACAGCUGAAGGAAGUGUUAAGGGAAAAUGAUCUCCUACGAAAGGACGUGGAAGUAAAGGAGAGCAAAUUGAGUUCUUCCAUGAAUAGCAUCAAGACCUUCUGGAGCCCAGAGCUGAAGAAAGAGCGAGCCCUGAGGAAAGACGAAGCUUCCAAAAUCACUGUUUGGAAGGAACAGUACAGAGUUGUGCAGGAGGAAAACCAGCACAUGCAGAUGACAAUCCAGGCUCUCCAGGAUGAGCUGCGGAUCCAGAGGGACCUGAACCAGCUGUUUCAACAGGAGAGUAGCAGCCGGACCGGGGACCCGUGCGUGGCGGAGCUGACGGAGGAGAACUUCCAGAGGCUGCAUGCCGAGCACGAGCGCCAGGCCAAAGAACUCUUCCUUCUCCGGAAGACUCUGGAGGAGAUGGAGCUGCGCAUCGAGACACAGAAGCAGACCCUGAAUGCCCGCGACGAAUCCAUCAAGAAGCUUCUGGAGAUGCUGCAGAGCAAGGGACUUUCUGCCAAGGCUACUGAGGAGGACCACGAGAGGACAAGGAGGCUGGCCGAGGCGGAGAUGCACGUCCACCACCUCGAAAGCCUUCUGGAGCAGAAGGAGAAAGAGAACGCCCUGCUGAGAGAGGAGAUGCAUCGGAGAUUUGAGAACGCCCCCGACUCUGCCAAAACGAAGGCUCUGCAAACGGUUAUCGAGAUGAAGGAUUCAAAAAUUUCCUCUAUGGAGCGUGGGCUCCGAGACUUGGAAGAGGAAAUUCAGAUGCUGAAAUCGAACGGGGCUCUGAGUACUGAAGAGCGGGAGGAGGAAAUGAAGCAGAUGGAGGUCUAUCGGAGCCAUUCUAAAUUCAUGAAGAAUAAGGUAGAGCAACUGAAGGAGGAGCUAAGUUCCAAAGAGGCUCAAGGGGAGGAGCUGAGAAAGAGAGCGGCUGGUCUGCAGGCCGAGGUCUCUGCCAUUGGCCAGGUGAAGCAGGAGCUGUCCCGGAAGGACACGGAGCUGCUGGCCCUGCAGACAAAGCUGGAAACGCUCACGAACCAGUUCUCAGACAGCAAGCAGCACAUCGAAGUGCUGAAGGAGUCGCUGACCGCCAAGGAGCAGAGGGCCGCCAUCCUGCAGACAGAGGUGGACGCCCUGCGAUUACGUUUGGAAGAGAAGGAAACCAUGCUGAACAAGAAGACGAAGCAAAUCCAGGACAUGGCUGAGGAGAAGGGCACCCAAGCUGGAGAGAUCCACGACCUCAAGGACAUGCUGGACGUGAAGGAGCGCAAAGUGAACGUGCUUCAGAAGAAGAUUGAAAAUCUCCAAGAGCAACUUAGAGAUAAGGAAAAGCAGAUGAGCAGCUUGAAGGAGCGAGUCAAGUCGCUGCAGGCCGACACCACCAACACCGACACCGCCUUGACGACGCUGGAGGAGGCCCUGGCCGAGAAGGAGCGGACAAUCGAACGCUUAAAAGAGCAGCGGGACCGAGAUGAGCGGGAAAAGCAGGAGGAAAUUGAUAACUACAAGAAAGAUCUUAAAGACUUGAAAGAAAAAGUCAGCCUGUUGCAAGGCGACCUCUCAGAGAAAGAGGCUUCGCUCUUGGAUCUGAAGGAGCACGCUUCUUCCCUGGCUUCCUCGGGCCUGAAGAAGGACUCGCGGCUCAAGACACUAGAAAUUGCUUUGGAGCAGAAGAAGGAGGAGUGUCUGAAAAUGGAAUCACAAUUGAAAAAGGCACACGAGGCAACAUUGGAAGCCAGAGCCAGUCCAGAGAUGAGUGAGCGGAUACAGCAGCUGGAGAGAGAGAUUGCCAGGUACCAAGAUGAAUCUAGCAAGGCCCAGGCGGAAGUUGACCGCCUCUUGGAAAUCUUGAAGGAGGUGGAAAAUGAGAAGAAUGACAAAGAUAAGAAGAUUGCUGAGCUGGAGAGGCAAGUGAAGGACCAGAAUAAGAAGGUAGCGACCCUGAAGCACAAGGAGCAGGUGGAGAAGAAGAAGAGCGCGCAGAUGCUGGAGGAGGCCCGGCGCCGGGAGGACAACCUCACCGAUAGCUCCCAGCAGCUGCAGGACAGUCUCCGUAAGAAGGAUGACAGGAUUGAAGAGCUGGAAGAAGCACUAAGAGAAAGUGUGCAGAUAACUGCGGAGCGAGAAAUGGUGCUCGCCCAGGAGGAGUCAGCCAGGACCAGUGCUGAGAGACAGGUGGAGGAGUUACUGAUGGCCAUGGAGAAGGUGAAGCAGGAGCUGGAGUCCAUGAAGGCGAAGCUGUCCUCGACUCAGCAGUCCCUGGCGGAGAAGGAAACUCAUCUGACCAACCUCCGGGCCGAGAGGAGGAAGCACUUAGAGGAGGUCCUGGAGAUGAAGCAGGAAGCCCUUCUGGCCGCCAUCAGUGAGAAAGACGCCAACAUUGCUCUCCUGGAGCUUUCGUCCUCAAAGAAAAAGACCCAGGAGGAGGUGGCCGCCCUGAAGCGGGAGAAGGACCGGCUUGUGCAGCAGCUCAAGCAGCAGACACAAAAUCGCAUGAAGCUAAUGGCCGACAGUUACGAGGACGACCACUUCAAACCCUCCCCUUCCAGCCAAGCCAACCAUAAACCCUCCCCGGACCAGAUCAUCCAGCCCCUCUUAGAACUUGACCAAAAUAGAAGCAAACUAAAGCUGUACAUCGGACACCUGACAGCCCUCUGCCACGACCGAGACCCCCUGAUCCUUCGAGGACUCACUCCGCCAGCUUCCUACAACCUGGACGACGACCAGGCCGCGUGGGAGAGCGAGCUGCAGAAGAUGACCCAGGAACAGCUUCAGGACGAGCUGGAGAAGGGCGAGCGGGACAACGCGGAGCUGCAGGAGUUCGCCAACGCCGUCCUGCAGCAGAUCGCAGACCACUGCCCCGACAUCCUGGAGCAGGUGGUCAACGCGCUGGAAGAGUCGUCCUGACCCCCUUUGUGGGGGUGGCCGUUCCCACAGUCCCAUCGAGCAACGCCGGGAGCCAGGAACGGAGGCACAGAGGCUGCUGGGCACCAGACACGCACCGCAGAUCUGUCCCGCCUCGCUAGGCCCUCCAGUCCGUCUCCGCCUUUCUCCUCCCGCCGCCGCGUCUGCACUCGUUCCCCCGACGUCCAGGCUGGUGAGUGGCCGGGUCUCCGUGGAAGCUGGCGGCUCUGCCUUCGUGGAGGGACUGGAGGGGGAGCCCGCUUCCCUCUGUCCUUGACCAAGGACUCGAUCUGGAUCCACUCAGACGGAGAGGGUGCUUCCCCAGGGACCAGGGGGCUGAGUGUUCUAAUCGCACGACAGGUGCUUUCUCCUAAAAGGGUGAAAAAAAAAAUCUCCAAAAGAGUAUUAAAACAGAGAGCAGGGAGAAUAGGGAAGAGAGACAGAGAGAAAAGUGACUUCCGUUCUCUCCUGUCUGCUCUCCACGUGUGCCGUGCCUGCGGGGCGUGCGGGCGGGCGGGGUGGCCUGGGGCCGCCGAGCCCAAGCCUGUGUUUCCCCCCACCCCCUCCCCGCCUCCCUGGCCCUCCCGCUUCUCCUCACCUGGCUUACAGGAGGCGGGGCAGUCCCUCUCCGUGAAGACCUUUGAGUGGGUUUGUCAGAUCCUGUCUCUCGUGGAAGAGAAGCUGGCACGGUCAUCCCCGCCCGCAGCUCGCUUCUCAGAAGAUUCCCUGGGGUCAGGCUGGUUUCUCCCGAACAUCUCCCUCGUCAGCACCGCAGAACCAGAGCCUCAGGCUCUGCCGGAAGCUGCUUCUAGUCCAGAUGACUGUUUCUCACCCCGCACGCUUUCCUUCCUCCAUUCUUUCAUGUGGCUCAUACUUACAAAGUGCCUACUGUGUGCAGGUCACCGUCGGGCACCCAUCCGUGCAGAAAGCCUCUCAGUGGUGAGGGAGGGGUGUCAGGGACUCGGUGAGACACACCUGGUGGAGUCAGCAGGAAAAGGCACGCCCCUCCCCUCCCCCAUCUUCAUAGGCGGUGUCUUUUCCAGAAGAACCUUCCACAGAUCAGCAUUUCUCAUUAUAGUGGAAUUUAUGGGCUUGGGGGCAGGCGGCUGAGUCACUUACUGCCUCCAGCAUCCCAUCUGGUGACUCAGGAUCUGGGGGCUGUGUUACCCUGAACAGUGUGCUGUUCACAGCGCCACGGUCGUGGGCAGUGUUUUCUUUGCACAGCUGUGCGCACCUCGUGGAAUGCGGCCAGCUCCGUGUUGCAAAGCAGAAAAUUGACCCCAAAGUUGCAAAUCCGGCUGAAGGUGUUGGCAUUUUCCCCACGCACGGCGGUGGCCUUCAGAAGUCACCAGGCACCAAGAAGUAGACCGCUUACCCCACAUCUAGCCCUUUGACCACCCCUGCGGCCAGGCCCCCAGCAGACACUCGCCCUCUGGUGAGAGUUGCUGGCCUAAAUGCUUCCGUCUUGCGUGGUCUCCUUUCUGCUUCCCUGGUUGCCCCGAGAGUCUGUGCUGCCCGUCGGUCACCGCAGCCGUCAGGCCCAGCUUCCCACCGGCAGCCCGUGACUGUCCCGCUAACUUACGUGGUCAGGUCUUCAGCCGCCCUGCUUCCCUGUGUGCAACGGCCUCUCCCUGCGAGAAGCUGUCGAGUGCUCCUCAAAGGGUCCGGUGGACUCAGCUUGUAAAUUCGGACUGAGAUGCCUCCUCUUAGGCAGGCUGGCUGGGGGGGGGGGGGGGGGUGCAGCAGCGGGGAGGCAGGAGGCGGUGGCCGUUCGUGGUCAGAUACCUCCAUUCCACAUAUUUGCUGCGCUGCCCACAUAUCAGGUAGGAGGCCCUUGCUGCCAGGGCUGGAGUCAUGGAGUCCCCUGCGCCACCCUUGCAGGACCACAGCGGAACAGAGAUGGCGGCCUGGCCCCGCCGGGCGACCUGUGGCCGCAGGCAGGUCCCGGUCCCGCUGACACCCCCCUACCGUCAGAUCCGAUCCUGAUCCCGCCACCUGCCCACUGGGCCGGGGCUCCCCUCGCCUCCUUCCUGCUCCGUUUCAUCUCAGCCCUUCCUGAUGCCCCCUCCAGAGCCGGUCAGGGUUCCUCCGGACACGCGCCUCUGAGAAGGACAGUCUGGGCGCCUACUUCUGUCUGGUCCCCGACCUCGGCGGAGCUUCCGCAGUGCUUCCUCGUGCCCCUCCUGGCAUCUCAGUGGUUCUGGGGCCCGUGUGGUCCCGGGUGAACGAGGCUCUGGCUGAAGUUUGCAUGAACAGUGACCCGCCUGCAUGCUCCGGGGCAGAGUUGACAGUGUUUCUGGCACUUGAGGGCUUUGACCAGUUUGGAACAUUCACGGGGCCGACAUUGCUAAGCGCACGGCUCCCCUCACACAAGGUUUGCCGCCCGCGACCUCUUCAUGGUUUCACACAGCCUCGGGGCUGCUACGGAAGACGUGCAAUCUUGACUCACUGCAGGCUGCCUGCCAUGUCCCCAGAAGCGUCCACCCCGUUGGCCGGUCCCACUGCCCCUCAGCACCAGGAGCUCUGCGCCCCAAAUCAGUCAUCAUAAUGGGAGCGAGAGGACUCCCACCUGGGCCUCCCAACUAAGAAAAGCAACACGACCUUCUCGGGGGGUCAUACCCCCCCAUCCCGGGUCCCCGCUGAGUUCUUCAUGACGUCUCUGGGUUGAGAUUCACGAGGGCUCCGAUGCCAUUUGAAGUGGGAAAGGUGGGCUGUGGCAGACUGAGAGUCCGAAUGGGCGUCCCCAGGGCCGCCCAGCUCUGACCUGGACCUCGUGCCUGGCAUCUGAGGACGACCCGCGUGCUGCUCUCCUCCUUACGCGUGGGCUUAGAAAUGCCAGGAAGGCAGGUGGGACCCACCACCCUCCGGCGUCGCUAGUGGCAACAGAGCUGGCGCCUUGUGUUGGUGGAAGUCUGCUUGGUUUUCCAGGAGCAGCUCAUCAGCUCAGCCCCUCCACCGAGUGAGGGCAGAGGGAGUCGCUACCCACUUCCGGGCAACUGUUGACAGCAUUGGCGUUUGCAUUUGAUCUGGAGCCCCACUGCUUGACCCAGGGUCUAGAGGGGAGCACAGAUGGAGGGGACAUCACCCCGUCGAAGCCCCUCCUGGGGCACUGCCUGAGUCCCCGGACCUCGCGUCAGCAACAGUGGGCCUGUUCCCUGCGGCCUCCCCGCCCGCGAGGUUCAGAGCCGGAGAGGAGCAGGGCCCGGGGGCCGCCCAUCACUGCCAGCCUGGGCUUUUCGGGCAGCGACUCGGACCAGACGAGGGUUUUAAGAGGAAUCUGGCACUCCCCCCCACCGUGUGGACUAAGGGAAUAUUUGGGCAAGAAAAAAACGUACAGGGAAAUCCUUCUGAACAAAAUGGCUGUCUUAACUCUUUUUAAGCAAAAACUUUCCCAACUUUUUAGUGUCAAAACUGUAACCAAGCGUCUCCUGGUUUUUUCCAAUGUGUUUGGCGAGUCUGUGACCCUCUUGUGGGUGUUUCUCCUCCUGGCUCUCGGGGGAGGGGCGGUUUAGGGAGCGGGUUUCUGACCCCUCGCACCUCCUCCCGUUUCUCUGCCUGUCGGUGUUGCCGUGUGGUUCCGAGAAUCGGGGCAGUUACACUGUGUCUGUUGUUGAGAUUAUUAAGAUAUUAAAAAGUAGUUGUAGAGCUGAAAAAUUAAAGAGCUGUGUUUUAAAAAAAUGCAAGCCAACAUCAUGUUAAUAAAGGAAUUCAAGCUGCGGGGCAGCCAGACUCCUCCCCUCCUCCCUCGUUGGCUGGGCUGGCGGCCGGGCCAGCCGCUGGAGGCCACGGGGCCGCAGUCAGGCUGGUGGACUGCCUGGUGAAGGAGGUGGCCGCUGAGUAAGAGGAGGAGGAACCUGGGGCCCCGAGUCCCAACUGUGCCAGAGUUUGCCCGUACGUCCUCAGGAUCUCUGCUAGAGGUUCCCAAAUUUGUGAGCCCAGAGCCCCCCUCACCCCACAUUGGUCUCAGCUCAGUGUGCCUGAUACCGCACGGCCGCCCGGGCUUGGCGCCGGAGCCCCACGCUGGCAGCAGCCCUGGACAGCCGCAGCCCCUCCUCCUGCCCACAUGGUGCUAUACCAUCCGGUGACCCGUCCACGCUGGACCGAGCCCUGGCCGGCCUGGAGCCUGCAAUCCAGGUGAGGGAGUCCUCCUCGGGUCCCCGUUCCUUCUGGCUUCAGCCCCUACAUUCUUUCGCUGUUUGCUUUUUAGAGCCUGGGUCUCCUGGGCUGUCUGGGCCCCGGCACGCCCGCGUCAGGAAGGGAAGUGACCCCGCCGAAGCCAGGCCCACCGGGGCCAGAGCAGCCCCUCCUGACCACAGCAGUGUUGUAGUCGCCCGGGCAGCAGACCCCGCGGGCAGCCCCACCCUCGCCGCCCGCCUGCCCAGCGGCGCGGCCUCGGGGCUCCUGGGACUCCCGCGUCAGGAGGGAGAGCCGCGCUACAGGGGGGAGCGCCGGGCCUGACUCCUUGUAGCUUGAGUUCCUUCUGGUGACAGCAGCGGCCGUGACGGUGGUGUCUGUGCCGCCGAGGCACCGCCGCCUCCCGCCAUGUGCGCGUGCGGGCCCGAGUCGCGUCACAGACGGGCCCUGACAUCACAGAGCAAUUGUGUUAGUCGACUUGGCCUUGAUAAUUAUUGUAAACACUUUGUUCAUCUUUUUCUUUUUUAUUCACAAACUAAAUCCAUCAGGAAAUUAUAAAGUUAUUUAAAAA